AUGGCAAAAUCUGCCGUAGAGCAAAUCGAGCAUCAAGAGACCUCAGGGAAGGCCGCUGACCUUGAACAAGAUGCUCUUUACCAAGCAUAUGCUGCGAAGAGCCCGGAAUGGCACCAAAAGAUGACUCGAAGUCUCUUACGAAAGGUGGAUUGGCACCUGCUGCCAUUUUUGAUUCUCAUGUAUUUGUUGAAUUUCCUCGAUCGCAAUAAUCUGUCACAGGCACGAUUGGGAUCGCUUGAAAAAGACCUUGGAAUGGAGGGAACAGAUUAUAAUCUAGCGACUAGUAUUCUCUUUGUGGGCUAUCUAUUGAUGCAAUUGCCCUCUAACUUGGUUCUUACUCGCAUUCGACCCUCGUUGUUCCUGGGAAUAGCGAUGGCUAUUUGCUCGCUAGCAAAUGCCUUCGGUGGAUUGAUCGGGGCUGGUGUUUUAGGCAACCUAGAUGGAGCGCACGGCAUUGAUGGAUGGCGCUGGUUGUUCAUCAUCGAAGGAGUUAUCACCGUCGGCGUAUCCCUUCUGGCCGCUAUUUUCCUUCCCAACUACCCUGCGACCACCUCUUGGUUGGAUGCCCAAGAACAGUCAUAUGCUCAAUGGCGGCUCAUCGACGAUGCAGGUGAAGCAGAUGACGCAAAGUCAACCAGUUUCAAGGAGGCAUUGGCUUUGGUAUUUGCCGAUAAGCGCAUCUACCUGUUCAUCUUGCUUCAACAUACUUCAUUGCUGUCCCAGAACUUCCAAUAUUUCUUUCCGACCAUCGUGCAAACCCUUGGGUACAACAACAUCCAGACACUUUUGAUUACUGCACCCGUAUGGAUUGCGACAUUCCUCAUUUCUCUUCUUGUCACCUGGACUUCCGGCAAAACAGACGACCGAAGUCUUCACAUUAUUGCUCUGAUGCUCGUCAGUGUAGUCGGUGGUAUUAUCUCCACUGCGACAACAAACACCGGGGCCAGAUUCUUCGCUAUGUUUCUAAUGCCAAUGGGGGCGGUUUCUGCAUACCAAAUUAUCCUCGCCUGGGUCGCAAAUUCAUUCCCCCGACCGCUGGUUAAACGAUCUGCUGCUAUUGCACUUGCCAACAUGAUCGGUAAUACGGCUUCGAUCUAUGGAAGCUACAUGUGGCCAGCUUCAUCAGGCCCACGAUAUCUUCCCGGUGGCAGUGCAACUGCAGCUAUCGCAUUGCUGGUCGCCCUCGUGGCACUUGUCAUUCGCCUUGUCCAUGCUCGAAUGAAUAAACAGUUAGAAGCAGCGGAGGCAUCGCAAGAUCUCCCCAUGGAUUCGAAUGAUCCUGCCAGUGAGAGUCGGACCACGGGAUUCCGUUAUAUACUGUGA